AUAGUCCAGAUAGUGUUGUGAAAGGCCCGAUGCAGACUCGGUAAGUUGAGGUACGUCUCUUUCCGAGGCCGGUGAAAAGUUUCAUGCGCUUUAAUAAGGAAGUUAUUUAGUUAUUUAGAAGAAAGCGACAUCUCUGCACCGCCAUGGAGGUGUCCGUGCCUUUGGGUGAAGCUGAGCGGCCGCGCCACCGACCUUUUCUCAUCGGGGUCAGUGGAGGAACCGCCAGUGGAAAGUCCACAGUGUGCGCCAAGAUCAUGGAGUUGCUGGGCCAGAACAAGGUGGACCAUCACCAGAGGAAAGUGACCAUUGUAAGCCAGGACAGUUUCUACCAAGUGCUCACUCCAGAACAGAAAGCGAAAGCUCUCAAAGGCCAGUACAACUUCGACCAUCCAGAUGCGUUUGAUACAGAGUUGAUGUGCAAGACGCUGAAGGACAUUGUCGAAGGGAAAGUCGUGGAGAUUCCAACAUAUGACUUCAUCACGCAUUCCAGGUUACAAGAGAAGAUCUGUGUGUAUCCAGCUGAUGUUGUGCUGUUUGAGGGAAUUCUGGUAUUCUACACGCAGGAAGUCCGAGACAUGUUCCAUAUGAAACUGUUUGUGGAUACAGACUCUGAUGUACGUCUGUCACGCAGAGUUCUUAGAGACAUGAGGAGAGGUCGUGACUUGGAACAGAUCCUUACACAAUACACCACUUUCGUUAAACCAGCCUUUGAGGAGUUCUGCUUACCAACCAAGAAAUAUGCAGAUGUGAUAAUACCUCGUGGAGUAGACAACAUGGUGGCAAUUAAUUUGAUCGUGCAGCACAUCCAAGACAUCCUAAGCGGCGAUAUCUGCAAGUGGCAUAGAGGAGCUGCUAAUGGACACGUCCCUGAGCGGACCUUAAAGAGGAGCGUGGACGAAGCAAGGGGGAAUGCAGAUGGAGGAGGGUCCAAUCCCACAAAACGUCCCCUACUGGAACCUAGCACGCGGCCACAUUAGCACCCAGAUACACAGGGGAAUAUGCUUAAAACUUUAAAGGUAGAAAAAUUUUGCAUGCUUAUCACACAAAUUCACACGCACAAACACUUUAAGUGUUAUGAUUCCGUUUGUAACUCAAUCAUACUGUUAACGAACAGAAACAGGAAAUUAAGCUUUUUUUUUUUUAAAUGCUGCUCAAAGAAGUCAAUUCUAUGAAAAGCUGUAUCAGUGUUAAUAUUGGUGUAUGUAAAAUAAAAUUUCUCUCCACAUUCACUGGAUGAAAAACAAAAUGGUGGAGCGUGUUGCUGAACCAACCGAGGAUGAAAUAAAAACUACUCAAACAAAACCCCAGAAAUGAUCAAGUACUUUAAAAGAAACAGAAAUGGCUAAAAGAAUAGUGUCGUCCCCCCCCCCCCCCCCCCCAAUAGCUCCUGUUCCAUGCUCCAAUCCAGUUGGUGGCAGUAAUGCACCUUUAAGUUGACUUGCCAACCGCCAAAAAAAACCUAAAGAAGAAGAAAAGAAGAAAACCCCCGAAAAUACAAAAAAAAGCAAAAUAUGGAAUAAAAGUAUUUGAUAGUAAGAACAUUCCUCCCCCCCUGAGAAUUAUUAUAGCAUUUUUUUUCACAAAUUGCGACUGUCAUUUUGCCUUUUUACAUUCUAAGCAGAAGUGAUUUUGUCGGACAUUUUGUACAAAAGAUUUUAAUUAUCGAAUUUGCAAAAAAUAAAAAUCCUGUUUCUCAAGAUCCAGUGAAUGUGGACAGAAGACCAUCAUUUCACUCGCUCAUCGUACAUGGCUUACAGCUGACUUGGCACUACGCGCCUCAUCAGCUGUCAGGUCAUAUACGACUUGAUUUUGUGGAAUAACUGUUUAUAAUUACUUGCACACACAUUUAUCCAGUGUACACAGUACGAGUCAAAAGUUUGGACACACCACCUACUCAUUCAUAGUAUUUUCAAUAUUGUAGAACAAUCCUGAAGACAUCAAAACUAUGAAAAAGCAUCUGGAACAUACAGCCCCAAUUCCAAAAAAAGUUGGACACUGUGUAAAACUUAAAUUAAAAACAGGAUGUGAAGAUUUGCAAAUCAUGGAAACCCUAUAUUUCAUUGAUUUAAUGGUACAAAGACAACAUAUGUCGAAAUUGAGAUUUUUGUUUUUUGAAAAAUAUAUGCUCAUUUUGAAUUAUGUCCGCAACAUGUUUCAGGAAAGUUGGGGCAGGGUCAACAAAAGACUGAAAGAAUAGAAUGCCUUGGUCACUGCACAAAUGUACAACGAAAUUUAGUUCAUCAUAGGAGAGCAAAGCUGCUGCGCACCACCACUCUUGGGUACUUCAGCCCAAGGCCAUUCCAUGUUAACCUAACAGCAUGUCUUUGGACUGUGGGGGAAACCGGAACACCCGGAGGAAACCCACGCAGACAGGGGGAGAACAUGCAAACUCCACACAAAAAGGCCCCUGUCAGUCGCUGGGCUCAAACCCAGAACCUUCUUGCUGUGAGGUGACAAUGCUAACCACUGUGCCGCCUGGUAAACACCGUUCAGCUUAACACCAUUAAAGUUGUUUAAUGCUAAACUAAUUUGGUUAACUGGCAACAGGUCAGUAACAUGAUUGGAUAUAAAAAGAUCAUCCCAGAGAGGCUAAGGCUACAUCCACACGACAACGGCAACGAGAUGUUAUUUAAAAAAAUAUCGCGUCCACAUGGGCACCGAUCAGUAAAAUAUCAGGUCCAUAUGGCAACGCAACGCUUGCUGAAAACGAUGCAAUACACAUGCCACACCUCUAGGGGCGCUGUAAGACGGUCCCUUCGGAGACACCAGAACAAUAGAAGAAGUAAGGACGCAUGCGCAUAAACUAUUAUGCGCGAGACUUCAUAUUAGCCACAAAGUCAGAAAAAUCUGUUCGUAAAAUUACAUUAUAAUGACCAAAUACAAUGAAAAGUAUUUUUCCAGUCUCACCUGUGAAAGGUAAUCCCAUGUGAUCUCGUUUGGACGGCAAACCUGUUGGUACAGUUAAACGCAGCACACGAAUGAGGCAUCUUUAUUCUCCACUUUGACCCAUCCAAUAUGGCGGCGAGGAUGACGUAUGAUUCUACGCGGAAGGCGGCGUCUUUAAUGGUCCGGAAUAAAUUGAAUGCUACACGUUGAUGGAUUAAUUUGUUGUUCUACGCCCUUUUUGAGGAAUGUAUUGUAGGACUUAAACCAACAUCUGAAGAGGUGAGAUCGCUCCUUUUUUUUUCCAUAUUUUUGCUGGCGGGAUUGACUCUGCCCUAACUCUCUCUCUCACUUUGCACCAUUACACAAUAAAUAUUCACAGUGAAAAUAUUUUGUAAGCGCGUUUCAUGAACCAAGUUAUAUGAUUUGUUGACAACUCGCAUCGAGUUCGUUACACUUCUACCCGGCGUGAAGCACUGACAGUCAUGUGGUUGUGACGUCAUCGUAAACAAAUCCGUUCUACUCAUCCAGACGACUUCGCAAUGGCAACGUUGCCAGAUCUUUCCACUCUGGAACCCGUUCUCAAAAGAUUGCGUUUUGGGGCACCCAAAACGCCGGUGCCGUGUGGACGCCAGGCCGAAACGAUAAACAAUUGUAUCGGAUUCACCUGAAUCCGUUGCCGUGGUGACAGGGCCUAAGUGUCUCAGAAGUAAAGAUGGGGAGGGGUUCACCGCUCUGUGAAAGACUGUCUGGGCAAACAGUGCAACAAUUUUAGAAUAACAUUUCUCAACAUAAAAUUGCUAAGAAUUUGGGGAUCACAUAAUCUAUGGUACAUGAUAUCAUUAAAAGAUUCAGAGAAUCUGGAGAAAUCUCUGUAUGCAAGAGACAAGGCUGAAAACUGACAUUGGAUGCCUGUGAUCUUCAGGCCCUCAGGAGACACAGCGUUAAAAGCAAACGUGUCUGUAGUGGAAAUCACUGUAUGGGCUCAGGAACACUUCAGAAAACCAUCGUCUGUGAAAACGGCUCAUUACUGCAUCCAUGAAUGCAAGUGAAAACCAUUAUAUAAACAAUAUCCAGAAACGCCAUCUCCUUCUCUGGGCCUGAGCUCUUUUACGAUGGACUGAGGUGAAGUGGAAUACUGUCCCAAGGUCUGAUGAAUCAGAAGGAGAAUUUUUUUUUUUUUUUUUUUUUUUUAGAAAUCAUGGACACCACGUCCUCCAGGCUAAAGAAGAGAGGGACCAUCUGGCUUAUCAGUGCACAGUUCAAAAACCAGCAUCUGUGAGGGUGCAGUGUUUCCCACAGAAAUUUUGGAGACUAUGGGGGCAGCCCAUGGGGGGGGUGGCGUGCAUGGUGCGCGUGUCCAGUUGAAUUGCAGGGGUGCGCAGGGGGUUGUUUAGCGCAUGGCGUGUGCGUCCGGUUGAAUGGCAGGGGUGCGCGGGGGUUGUUUAGCCUACUAAUGCUACUAAACUAAGACUAACAAAGAACAAAUUCGUUGGUAUUGGUUAUGCACCUUGUAUUUUAUUUUAGCAUGUUGCUACAGAGGGCAGUCCUACAAGAACAUAUUACAGAUAGCAACCAAACCAAAAAUCCUACAAUACUUCACACCCUGAAGUCCUACAAAACAAGGACUUCUAGCUCUGCUGUAUGUCAAAAGUGACCCUGACAAAUGCCUGCCCAAUUUACAAAGACCACACCCUGCACUUGUGCAUUUGAUUUUUCUUGGCUUUGAGAAAGAGUUCGAGUGCCCUUUCAUAAUUUGUAUCUUCUGGUUGUGGCCCGUUAAUGGAAAUCCUCAAGCAGGUGGCCAGGUGCUCUCCUUGCAGUCUGUUACGAAGGUCUGUUUUGACCUAAAAUGGCAAACAACUUGUUACUACAAUGAGUCAUGUGAUUGUAAAGCUCACUCUGAAAUAUUUAAUUAAGUGAAAGUGAGAUUGAACUUAGGUGGGAUUUGAGCAUAAAAACAAUGGGUAAAUGUAAAUUGAAAUUCACAUUACUAGUUUGGCUGCAGAUGUCCUUACCCUGUUCAUUGUGGAAAAGUCUCUUUCACAAUUCACGCUCGACACUGGCACAACAAGGGCAAUCGCUGCUAAGUGGCCGAGUAAUGGGCAUAUCUGCCCCCAUUCAUCGCACUCACUUGCUAGGAGUGUUGUGCUGUGUUCACACUUAUACUGGUACGAAAGUGGUAUAACUGUAUUGAUACAAAGUAUACCGGUACAGUUUAGUGCAUCUGUCCACACUAGCGAGAAAUGUUUGCGGUUUUCUUUCACGGUAGUUGAAAUGCGCGUGCGCGAAAUGUUUCCGUGGUUACCGAGUAACUUACUUCCGAGAAUAUGGCGGAUGAAACAACAUGUGUGUGCUUUUUGUUGUCAAUGUACAGUCUGUAUUUCUGGUGGUCAUUUAUUCAGUCGAAUCGUAUAAAGCGCACGAGGCAGUUGAGAAAGAAACAAACGAAUCUCCAUUCUUCACUAUUUUAUUCAGCGAAGACAUCGACUGAGGUGUGUGACUUUGCGCAUUAUAUUUGUAUUGAUACAGAACAGCUUCAUCUGUCCACACUACGCGAAGCGCUACUGUACCGGUACGAAACCCAUACAUUUGUUGCUGGGAUUUAAUGCUCAGUUGGUGGUGUUCGGUACUGAUGUGGUGCUCCAGGUAAUCCUUCCGAUAAUGGAGCGCACCAACCUCCACAAAGGGUCUUUUUUUGUUGGACCAUUUCUUUAGGCCUACCUCAGUCACUACCUCUUCAUCCUGAGGUGAAUUUUGAUCCCUCUUUUUGAAAUAAUUCAAAAUGCUCAUGAUCUGAAUUAACAAAAAAAAUUUAGCAUCAGUUUAAUAAGGAUCGGAGAUUUUCUGUUACAGCUGUAGCAUCUACAAUAAGGCUGACAUCGUCACCUGACAUUCAACGCGUUGCAUUAAGGCCUACGUUAGUGGAGAAACACUUCAUCAGUAAAUUUGAAAACGAUCAAAUUCGAGUCAAGAAGUUAAUUUAAUUAAGUAGGUAACUAACAUUACAUUCCCUUAAUUAUGUGGCCUAAUAGCUUCACCUUUAGAAGGUAGCCUAUUAGAAAAGGCUAAAAAUAAUUUAAUGUCUUCCGUCUCACCAGUAACAAAUCGCGUUAAGGCUACUAGCACUAAUUCUCAAAAGUGGCAUCGAAGUUCGCUCUCUGUUAGAAUAGACUGCUUUUCCCUUUUAACAUGUACAUGCAGACCUAGAUUAGUUUAUCACUGCUGUCACUUCACGUCUCCAUCACUUGCAUAGACUGCGCACAUACAAUGUCAAGCAGGAAGCACUUCGCCGGUGAAUUUGGAAACGACCUGAUCCUGGUAGGAUGAUAAAGUUAAUUUGACGAAUUAGAUAACUAUAUAGGGCUAACUAAUAUUGCCUCAAAAUAGCCUACUGUUGCCUUACAGAAAAGGUAGGUUUGCCAGAAUGAAAUGGACAAAGUAAUUUUACUGAAACAAUACACUUAACGUCAUCCAUCAAUGCGCUCUCCAUACGCCUAUAAAGCACAAUAGCGUAGCCUAAAUGUCACCUUCUCAAUCGUGUCAAAGGCUACAUAAAGUUGUAUAAACUUACCUUAACAUGUAGAUGCAGACAGGAUGUAGCUUAUCAGAGUUGUCUCCUCACGCUGUCUCAGAUAGGCAACGCACGCAAUGUCAGGCCGGGUGCGUCAGUGUUGCCGUGCGUGUGGGCGCGGACUGAGACUAUGGCGGCCCAAAUUUUUUUUUUUUUAAAGAUAUUUUUUUGGGCUUUUUUCACCCUUAUUAUUGGAUAGGACAGUGUAGAGACAGGAAAUGAGCGGGAGAGAGAGACGGGGAGGGAUCGGGAACCAAACCCGGGUCCCCGGACCCAUGGCAUGGCGUCCUAUCCACCUGAGCCACGACACCCCCUAUGGCGGCCCAAAUUAGACUAUGGCAGGGCACCAUAGUCUCGUCAAUGUGUGGGAAACACUAGGGUGCAUUAAUGCACAUGACAUGGGUAGCUUGUACAUCCGGGAAGGCAUCAUUAAUGCUGAAUGAUGUACACGUUUUGGAGCAAUACGCUGCCAUCCAGACAAAAUCUUUUUCAGGGAAGGCCUUCCUUCUUUCAGCAAGAUAAUGCCAAACCUCUUUCUGCACAUUAAAACUGCAUGGCUCUGUAGCAAGAGUCCAGGUGCUAAACUGGCCUGCCUGCAGUCCAGACUUGUCUCCCAUUUGAAACAUUUGGCGCAUUAUGAAACGUAAAAUACAGCAAAGGAGAAAUUCUCCAUCAGACAAGAAUGGGACAACGUUUCUCUUUCAAAACUACAGCAAUUGGUCUCUUCAGUUCCCAAAUGUUUAGAGUGGUGUUAAAGUAGAGGUGAUGCAACACAGUGGUAAACAUGCCCCUGUCCUAACUUUUUUUGAAAUGUGUUGCUGACAUCCAAUUCAAAAUGAGCAUUUUUCUUUCAAAAAAACAAUAAAAUUUCUCAGUUUCAACAUUUUGAUAUGUUGUCUUUGUACUAUUUUCAAUGAAAUAUAGGGUUUCCAUGAUUUUGCAAAUUAUUGCAUUGUUUUUAUUCACAAUUUACACAGCGUCCCAACUUUUUUGGAUUUGGGGUUGUAUAUGGAAUUAUGAGGUAAACAAAGUGAAGAAUCUAAAAUAGGAAACAUAUUUUACAAAGUAGCCACCGUUUACCUUGAUGCUUUGUACACUAACAUUAUCUUAAGCUUUAUGAGGUAGUCACCUGGAAUGUUUUUCAAUUAACAGCUGUGCCUUGUCAAAUUAAUUAGUGGAAUUUCUUGCCUUCGUAAUACAUUUGAGAUCAUCAAACAGUAAAUGAUAAAUAAUAAAAAUACAGCAAAUAGCCCUAUUCCAUAACUGUAGUAAUCCAUAUUGUCAAGAACCGUUCAACUAAGUAAAGAAAAACAUCCAUUGUUACUUUAAGACAUCAAGUGCCUUUUUUUUUUUUUUAAUUAUAAAUGAAUUUGAUUAGAAACUGUGUUCAAACUUUUGACUGGGAUUUAUACAUGCAGCUAUGGAAAAAAUUAAGAGACCACUGCAAAAUUCAGUUUCUCUGGUUUUACCAUUUAUAGGUAUGUGGUUGAGGAACUUUUUUUUUUUUUCUCUUCCUUUCCAAAAUUCUCCAUAAAAAUAGUCUCAGCAUUCAAUUGCAGUAAAUGACAACUGGUCAAAAUAACAAAAAAGAUGAACUGUUUUCAGACCUUGAAUAAUACAUAGAAAUCAAGAUCGUAUUCAGUUUUAUACAACACAAUACUAAUGUUUGAACUUAGAAUGUGUUCAGAAAUCAGUAUUUGGUGGAAUAACACUGACAUUUAAUCAUAGCUUUCAUACGUCUUGGCAUGCUCUCCACUAGUAUCAGGAGCGAGGGAACAUUAUCAGAGCAGAAGGAAGCAAGUUUUCUUCCAGGAUAACCACGUAUGUGGCUUGAUUCAUGUGUCCUUCACAAACCUCUUUCCCCAUUCCAGCCUUUCUGAUGCACCCCCAGAUCAUCACCGAUCCUCCACCAGAUUUCACAGUGGGUGCAAGAUACUGGCUUGUAGGCCUCUCCAAGUCUCCGUCUAACCAUUAGACGAUGAGGUGAUUGGGGGGGCUGAAAAUUGGACUCCUCAGAGAAGAUGACUUUACUCCAGUCCUCUACAAUCCAAUCCUUUAUGGUUUUUAGCAAACCUCAGCCUUCUCAUUGAUUUCCCCCCAGCUUUAUUAUCUCAUCUCAUCUCAUUAUCUCUAGCCGCUUUAUCCUGUUCUACAGGGUCACAGACAAGCUGGAGCCUGUCCCAGCUGACUACGGGCGAAAGGCGGGGUUCACCCUGGACAAGUCGCCAGGUCAUCACAGGGCUAGCUUUAUUAUUAUUUUUAUUAUGUUCAAUUUAUAUAGCGCUUUUCUCAAAACCCAAGGUCGCUUUACAGUUAUAGGGAACAAAUGAAUAAAGUCCACCAAAUAGAGGCCAGGAUGUCAGGUGUAGCAGCCACAGUCCCACCAAAAGGCGCAUGAAAACAAGUUCCACACUACCAGCACAGCCGUUGUGACGCCGCCAGCAACACCGCUCGGAACACCAUGCCAUGGAUCCACAAAGCGAGCACAGAAGCACCGCCACGCAGAGCGCCGGUACGUCCCAAACCGCCUGCACAGCCAUCGCGAUGCCACCGAGCAACAUCGCUCAGAACACCACGCCAAGCACUAAAGCACAGAGCACUGGACAACCACAAUGUUAAAAUGAGCAAUGAGCUCACUGCAGUCCAUAGCUAGGAGCACACGCAUCACCUACGGCGAACCAAGGCCUGGAGGGAACCGACGCCCAAAACUGGGUCUGGAGCUACACCACAACUGGUGGACAAAAACACUCAAACAAAAAAACAAACCUCAAACUACACAAAAAAUAAUAAAAUAAGAGAGAAAAUAAAAGUUUAAGAUGACUUCAACUCUGCCUGGAGGAGCCUGUUUCGAACCGUCCUUGCUGUGCAGUUACCCCCAGCUGCUAUUUGCUAUUCUUUUUGUAGGUCACCUGAUGUCCUUCUACUUUUGUUGCGUGACGUUUGAAGGAGUUGACGAUCAUCCCAGUCAAUGGCGAGUCGUUUUUGCCCUCUGCCAGUCUGUAACUUUUGUUGUCCCCAAUGUCUGCUGAUUGCCCUUGUUCUUAUAAACUGCUGUCUUUUGAAAUUGAGGAUGGAAGCAACCUGAUGCUCACUACAUCCCUCUGCCAGUAAAGCUAGAAUUGAACCCUUCUUUUUCUCACUCAGAACUUUCUCUUUUUAACUGUCUUGGCAUGAUGAAUAGAUAUUUUUGUAUUCCAAUUAAAUUGAAGGUACCAUUAGCACUGUUUUUGCCAUGCAAACUGGUCCUAUUGCAAGAGGAUAGUGAUGACCACAGCAGUGGUUUUUAUACUUUUCCUUGUUAAAUAAGGUUUGGUUCAGGUGAUCACCUAAUCAGUACCUCAUUCAGUAAAAUGAGAUGUGCUUGUGUUGGAAUUCCAGCACAGACACUGGAAUGAAAUGGAUGCUAUACAUAGAGAUACUGAAUUAAGAAAAAAAAAUAUGAAGUGGUCUCUUAGUUUUUUCCAGAGGUAGGGGUGUGUGUGUGUGUGUUUUUGUGUGUGUGAUAAUUCUCAAACUGUUGACUAAUGCUAUAGAAAAUAAUUAUAAUAAUUUUUUAAACUGUUAAAUCAAUUAAUAGUCCCAGGAGGUAAAUAUGAUGUAUUAAUGUUAUGCCUACUUGUCUCGCUUCGGUACAUCAAGUUACCUUAACAUUCCUUAAGCCUAGUGCACGUUACACAACUUUAGCCCUGGUCCUCAGUUACCCUUUGAUUUUUAGUGCUCAGUUCCUCUCCAACCACAAUGUCUAUUUACUGUUUUCUCCUGUGGUGUCUGCUUUAUUGAUGUGAUUUUUCUUAUUCUGCAAACAGUUACUGAGAUGCUGAUAUUUUCUAGCAGGUUUGAUUACUCAGUGAUGAAUCGUGUAGUAUGAUAUCCUCUGCACCUAGUUCCAAGUACAGCAACGAGAAACUGAGUCAUGUAGUUUGGACUCUGUGCAUAUACACGAGAGGAUCUGUAAAUACCGGUAGCUCGUCUUACUAAACUGCACCAUCUACAUAGGAAAUGCGGUUAUUUGAUUCAGUCUGAAGAAGCGUGAAUAAAAUGCAUCUCCACUGGUGACAAGCAUGAAUGACCAGACUGGGGAUAUCAAAAGCCGAGGCAGGGAAAUCCCCCCUCCCCCCAGCAGUUCACACGCAGUAUAGAGAUCUUGCAGUCACGUGACCGGAAAGUUAACAGCCGCCAUCUUGUCGGUAAAAAACACAGCUGAAUACUGCUGCACUCGUGUACAGAAUGGAUCAAUUUCAACCGACGGACUACACGGCUCAUUUUUCUAAAGAACAGAUAACUAGAUAUAUGUCUAAAAUAAACGAUCUACAGAUUAGUGACCCUUAUGGCUUACCGGACAUAGUUUUCACGACCGUGUCAGUGGAUAUGGAACUGCCAGAGGUGGAAUACCCAGACAUGUAUAAUUACCUCAUCAACUUUCCCUCGCUGUUCAGUGGUGAAGCACUGCGUGCUUAUAAAUCUCUGGACAGUUAUCUUUACAGGAAUUCAGGAUUUGUCAGCGACUCAGAUGUGGCAUCUUGUAAACAAGAAAAUAGCAAUCCUCAUUGGACGGGUAAGUCACUUAAGUAUUGAGUAUAGCACUGACCAGCCGAUUAUAGAAUAAGGUAAUUCCAGCUGUAAUUCCAAAUCGUCCGUCUUGUUUACCAUGGAUCUGGCGUUGGAGAGAUAGAGGCUUGGCAGUGGAGAUUUGAGUGGCUGUUUUCUGAGCUUAGUCAACAGGCCGGCUCUGCCUGCAGCCUUGCUUUUGCUUCCGCUCCCGACGCCGCCUCCUUCGCCUGCCAGACCCGAUAACAAUCCACGGAGACCCCGGUGGUCUCGCUAUCUCGUCCGGAAUGUUGUGCAUGCGAUGGAAAUCGCUACAAACCGUCAUUUUCUGCUGGAAACCCAUGUCCAGUAAGUCCAUACGGUUGUAGUGGAUAUUGAAGUCCGAUACAGACGAACAACACGCAAAAAUACACACAAAAAACCAUAAAAAACGUGCACAGGUAGGGAGAGCUUGUAGCCGCAGCGGUUGUAGUAGAAUUGUAUAUAGUAGCGUUUUCCAGAAGAAAAGGUAGAAGUAGAACCAGAAGUAGAAGGUGGAAAUAUGGCGUUUGACUGACAAGAUGGCGUCUGUUACAAUCUGGAUUGGCUGUGACGUCACAUGCAAGUGCUCCAUAGAACACUUCUACUUCAAAAUUACUGUGGUGUUCACAAAAUUUCAGGAGAAAGGUUGUUCAUUGUUUGUACAAUCAUAUAGUUCUAGAUGUACAUUGAAUCCAGAUACCAUGGGAUGAUGUGUAGUGGGAUGGCAAGUUUAAAAUAUUUAAAACGGGUGUGCCCAAACUUUUUUUUUUUUUUCAGAGGGGGGAUAAAUUACACCGCAUCAAAAAUACCCCAGGGCUGGUCGUGUGUAUACAGUGGGGGGAAAUGAGUAUUCAACACGCCAAUUUUUUUUUUCUCCUAUUAAACAUUUUCCAGUGAAGCUAUUCACAAUGUUGAGCAGACACCGGUAUUAACGCAAUACCAACUACAGCAACUAUUGUUAAAACUGCACAGAAAGAAAUCCUAAUAUUCCAAUCCAUGAAGAAAAAAAAAAAACAAAAUUUUGUGCAUUAAAGUGGAAUGACAGGACAAAAGUUUUGAACAUGAACUGAAAUGUAAUUAAUACUUGGUGGAGAAGACCUUGUUUGCUAUGACCACUUAAAAGGUGUUUCCUGUAUGAAGAAACUAAUUUCGCAGUGUUCAAGUAGCAUUUGGAUUCCUUCUUCUAAAUUAAAUGAUGAGUCAUGAUCUUCAGUUAAUUCUACAAAUUUUCUACUGGGUUUAAGUAUGUUCAUUAACUGGGGCCAUUCCAGCAUCUUUAUUUUCUUCCUAAGGAACCAAUUGAGAGUCUCCUUUGCAGUAAGUUUUGGAUUGUUGUCGUGCUGGAAAGUCCACCCACGUCUCCUCAUCUUCCUAGUGGACGGCAACAGAUUCUUCUCAGUUUCAGUACAUGACUCCAUUCAUUACUCCCUUUGGUAGUUUGGAUUCCGCUGGUACCGUGAGAGAGAAACGGCCCCAUACUAUGAUGGUUCCACGUGUGAAAUUUACUGUGGAUAUUUUAAGUCCUAUGCAGAGCCAAACAUGGCGCUUCGGAAAGGGUUUUGUCCCCCCUCAAAGCACAGGACAUUCUCCUGGUAAUCUACAGGCUUCUCCAAAUGUUUUGUAGCAAAUUUCAAACAAGCGUCAACAUGUCUUUUCUUCUGGCGUCUUCUGGGGUGGUGAGAAUGGAGACAAUGGCUGUUUAGUGCCUUGCCCAUUUGUUUUCUCUGUGAUAACUGUAUCCAUUGCUUCAAGCUCUUCAAGUGGUCCUUGCUCUUGGACUACUCUUCUGACUGCCCAGUUGGAAAUCUUGCAAGGAGCUUGUGUGUGUGUGUGGCAGGUUGAUGGUUGAGUGGUGUUCGUUCCACUUGCAGAUAAGUCAUGAUGGUGCUUAUUGGAACUUUUUAGGAGUUGAGAAAUGCAUCGGUAAACACUGCCAUUGCUGCUCAACAAUCUUGUUGUGAAGGUCUUGGGAGAGCUCUUUGCCUCUGUACAUCAUGAGAGGUUUCUGACAUGACAACUUGGUGCCAAAUGAUUUGUUGACUUGCAUUUACAGGUGGGUUUCACUUUUUCAAAGUGUGUAACUAUAAACCUACCAACCCAGUUGAUUCUAAUUAGCACAGAUAGAACUAAUUGAUGCAAUCAGCUGGGUUGCUUAUUCAAUACUUUUUUUUUUUUAAUGAAUGGAUUGGAAUAUUACAAUUUUAUGUGGAGGUUUGCUGCGUUAGUACCAAUGUCUGUGACAUUAAAUACUAAAACAUCUGUCCACAGGCCACAUUUAGACUUGACAUCCCUGAUGUAAAAUGACCUCCUACUUUAGGUUUGUCUCCGAGAUUGUAUCAGUGUGUAUUCAUCAGUUUAAUAGACAUCUCUUGCACUUUGACUGACUUACAAAGUAUAUGAAAAUUUUUUCUUUAGUGAACUAUGUAGAUUAAACAUGUAUAGCAAUAGUUUCUCAUUUGAAGCACCUGAAAAUCAUCAAAGAUCAUUAUGGGGUGACACUAGAUUUAGGCCUUGUCCUGAUGAAACUAUUCAUUACUGUUAAACUGGGUUUAUUGGUUUUAAGGUUGACCUUAAAUCAACCAUUAUAGACUUUGAUUUUUGUAAUUACACUUAUUUUAUUUUCUACCAAUCCUAAUGUAGCAGGGACUCUAGAAUGUGUAUUGUUUUAAUUUCCUUAAAGCAAGUGUCUAUAAAUGAAGACUUAACUGCCUCAUCAAUUAAUGACGAUUGUGGUAAAGACUGUCAUGUUCUUGUCCGUUUUCAUAAAAUGUGAAGGUUUUAAAAAUAUUUAACUCAUUCUUUUAAAA